UUGAAGUAGUACAGGGUUUGGACCUAACGAUUCCAUUGAUGGAGUUGGGUGAAAUUGCUGAAAUAAGAAUCGAUCCUAGAUUUUCUUAUGGUACACAUGGAGAAGGAUCUGUACCACCUAAUGCUACUAUUACUUACACAGUUGAAUUGAAAGCAAUAAAAGAUAGUCCUGAUAUAGAAAGUCUAAGCAUCAAGGAAAGGAGAGAACUAGG